GCUCUUGCGCGCUGAGUUGUAUGCGUUAAGGCGCAAGGGUGCGGCUAAGGUCGUUGGUGGAGUGCAGCCAUUUGAUGCCACACAACAACAACAACAACAGAAUAUUACAAUGCAGCCCAAUCAACAACAUCAACAACAACAACAACAGUUUGAACAAUACAACAACCACAACGCACACACGACAGGCGACCCGAGUCGCCACUGCGCUCGCUGCACCACCGAACUGGGCCGCAUCACCAACCGUGGCGCCCCCUGUCGCGUCUGCAAGUUGCGCGUGUGCAAAGCCUGUCGCGAGUUCACCUCGCGCACCACGGACUGGGUGUGCGUGGUGUGCCACAAGCAAAUGGAGAUUCAAACGGCCAGUGGCGAGUGGCUAAAGGACACCUAUACCUUGGGAUCCUGCAGUGCCGUGGACCAUCUGACCGCCAGUGACGUUUUAAGGAAGAGCAUUCGUCGUUCUUGGACUAUAUCGAAUCCCGAGGACGAUCCAAACAAUCCAAACGCCCAGCAGCCAGUGGCCGACAACCUGUAUCCCCAGCAGCAGCAUCUUAUUGAAGCCCAAUCAGCCGGCAGCUAUCCCACCUUGCACCAACACCAUCAGCAGCAUCACCUGCCCCCACAGCCGCGUCCCACGACGCACGGCAUCAAUUACGGCAGUGGAACUGCCACGCCCACUACCAGCAGCAAGUGGCAGCUGGGGCGGCGGGUCCUGCGUCAAUCCACGCUGCCGAGCAGCCUGAACAACGACCCAAAUCUCAGCGGCAGUGGCUCCAAUUUAGCAAACUACAAUUCAGUAAACCUAACGGCGCCCACAUCGCCGCAUCAGCUGCAGAAGAGCCCGCUCUAUCCGAGUGCCUACAACAGCGACGACGUCAUCCACAUGAACACAGGAGGAGGCGGUGGAGCUGUUCCAGGAAUCGGAGUGGGCGUGACAGUGGGAGAUUGCGAUAACUACGCACAACAGCAACAGAAUCAAUCCCAACAGCAGCAGCCUCAGCUGGAGGUCACGCCCACACACCACCGCCUGCAGGUGCGCCGCCAAUCGACGCUACCCGCUCAGCCCACGCCGGCCAUUUACAUGUCCACCUCCCCAAAUCGCCUGUACAGUCGCUCCCCGGAAAGGUCUCCCGGGGAGCAGCAGCGCUAUCCGCCGUUUAUUCGCCAGACUUCGUUCCCGGAGCCACCGAGCGCCUAUCAUCGGAAUAAGUUGCUGCCCCAGCAACAGCCGUCUGCCAUAUCCGUAUCAGGAAGCGGUACAACAGGAAGCACGGCCCCACCGUUGAACUACGAAUCGCAGGCUUCCAGCAUGGCCAGUGAUGAACAGGACUCGAUUCCCAUGCCCAAGCCUCGGAUGACCCGCCAGGCCACCCUCCCAAAUCCCGAGCAGCAUGUCAAGCUAUUGCCCACAUCGCCGCCAAAGCGGCAAACCUCGCCGCAGUUCCGGCGCUCACCGGAGUUCAUGCGGCAGCAGACCCUCCCCAAUCCGGAGGCCUUCACCAGUGGCAACACCCUGACCGUACAUUCCAAUCCGCCCGGCAAGUUUAUGCCCAUUUCGCCGAGGGCCAAGCAGAACUUCCUCUUCCCCAGUGUCCAGAACCCGCGGCAGUUUCUGUCGCAGCAGCACGUCCCCACUGUGGGCGGCACUGAUAUGGGCAGCGGCGGAAGUGUGGCCAGUGGCAGUGGCGGGGGCACCGGCGGCGAACAAUACUCCAGCAGCCAGAGCGUGAAUAUCCACCACUCCCGAGAUCCGCACUCCAAGAUGAUCAAGGUGCGAAGCCACAGUAACGAGGAGUACUCCAACACCAAGGGGCAUACUGAAAGCCGGAGGCUGCUGCCGGAGAUUCCCUCGUCGGUACAGCGGUCGGCCAGUAGGUCGCCCAGUCGGCUGGUCCGCCAGGACUGUCUAAAGGAGGAGCGCACCUUUGGCGAGGCCAAGCAGCAGUUCCAUCAGUUUCCCGAUGUCAGCGAGGAGAUGGAGAAUCAACCCGAGUACGUGGACUAUUUCGGAGACAGCACCACAAGUUUCCUAGAAUCGGACGAAGUGCAGUACGAGCGGAACUACAAUGCCGGAUUCAGCAGUGAGCCGCGCAUCAUUUACAACAACGGAUCGGAUGACGGAAGCUACCAAAAUUCUGCCCAGAGGCCCAUCUACAGCGCAGAGAAUGUCCUGGCCGAUUCGGGUUACGGCGGGGGCAUGGGUCUGGGAGCUGGCGGUAGCUCUGGUGCAGUGCCCGGGUACUAUCCCGAUACAACAACUACCCAGAGCUACUACGGUGGCGCCGGCCUGCCGCGCACCCCACUGAUGCACAACCGAAUGCGGCGACGCCAGUCAAGGGAGUUGCAAAUGCAACAGGAGGAGCUGGCGCAGCUCUCACAGGCCACAGAUACCGCCGGAGUGGGCGGGGGAGAGAUAGGCGGAGACAGUGCCGCCACCGGAGCUAUCGGAUCAGAUGGCCAUGUCACCGAGAGACGAAAGCCGGAACAGAUGCGCUCUGUCUCUGAAGAUUCGGGCGCCAAAACUACUCCAAAGCCAGUCACCCGACGCUCCUUCUCCCAUCCUGAAAAGGACACUCAGCCCCCCAAGAAAACGGAAGCCUCAAAGAUUCCGAGCCCGAGGCCACUGGCAGACAUUCUGGAUAAAACGCGUGGCACCUCGAAAAUUCCGCAAUCGAGGCGCCGCAACAGCCGCACGGGCAUCGGCGAGGCCGAAGAGCGUAGCACCACCCAGCACAUUUACUCCUUCCAUCAACAGCUUAUGCAUAGAAACUCAGAUUUAGCCAUGCGCUUGAAAAAAACAGAAAUUCCUGUCGCCACAGUAGCCAGCCAGGAGGAAACGUCCCAAGGCCAAGGCGGGGAGCAGCCGGUCAACGGCAAAUCCCUUGAGUCCUCAGCGAUCAAGGAAGCCAACGAUGCAAACAGCACGGCAGCGGCCAACACCCACACCAGCACGUUGGGGGAGCAGGAGCUGCAGAAUGCAGUGGAAGCCGCAGCCGUGGUCUUCAAGAAGGUGGUCUUGCAGCGUCGCAAAGAAAAGGAGAAGGAAAAGGCCGAGGAAGCUGCAGCUGUUUCCGGUUACAAUGAUACCAUGGAAACGUCGUCGUCAUCGGAGCUGGACUUCAGGUGUUCCAAGCCGCCGCAGUCGCACUAUAGCGUCGAAGCCGACGAGUUCAAGCUAGUCUUCCUCAACUCGGACUCAUCGUCAUCCUGUCACGGCGAAGAGGAGGAAGAGGAGGAGGACGACGAGCCGGAGGAAGCCCAACCGGAACCGGAUGAAAAUGACACUGACUCUUCCUGCUCCACCCAUCACUGCCACAGCAUUGUAAGCAAUGUGGAGGAUUGCGAUUGGGAUUACUUUGAGCCUUCUAUGAUCGCCACCACAACGACGACUACAACCACUACCAUGAUUGCCUAUGCCGGCAGUUCUACCGCCAGGACGACGCCCACCCCGCCGCUGCGAGGACGGGGUCGUCAGUCGAGUGACAGUGACUCACCGCUGGCACAAAGGCGUCCGCAUCAAACGAGAAACAUGUACUGCCCACGGAUCCGGGAGAGUGACACCGGCACGGAUGAGGAGUUUGUUUUGAACACGGAAACCAGCUCUCAAACGAGCUCGGAUCAAACGCCACCACCGGUUCCGCCGCCUCCUCAUCCGCUGAGCAUGAAGGCCCGGAUCAAGAAUAGGUUCUUGAAGAACCACCAUCACCACAAUCGCUGCAGCUGCACUCCCGGCCAGCAACAGCACCAGACACAGCAGUUGCAACAACCUCAGCCCCAAUAUGUCCCCAUACCCGUGCCUGUACCCAUUCCCGUGCCCAUGGCCGCGUAUCCCAAUUGGCCGGAACUGAGUGGGAAUCCUCUACUGGAGCAGGACGAGCAGCUGGCCGCUUCGCUGCAGCAACUUUGGCAGGCGGCCGGGCAGCAGCAGCAGUUUGCGGCCAUGGUGGCGGCCUAUUCGAAGCAGUUUGCAGCGGCCAGCAGCAACAUGUUCGAUGCAACGCCGCCGGUGACCAGCAAGAGCUACCAACAGCUGCCCACCACGCCGCCACCGAUACCGCAACGCCUGCGCGGACUGGGUCUGGGCGGCUUCAAGUCCUCGGCCCCGGAGCUGAGUGCCUCGCUGGGAUCACUGAUGACGCAGUCGCUCUGCUCAACCAUAUCGUCCUCGUCCUCGUCGAGCACUUCGGGCUAUGGCACAGCGGGACGCAGUCUGGAGACCCUGGCCAGCCCCAAAAGAGCUGCCAACUCGCUGCAGCAGCAGCAACAGCAACAAACAGCUAGUGGUGCUUUCAAGCCAAGCAAGUCAACAAGUUUAGUAGCGUCGCGUUUGCCGUUGAGUGAACAACAACCAGAACCGAAUAUAGCGCGUCGCACCAGCAGCGAGAGCGACGACAACAGCAACAGCAACACCACAAGCACCAGCAGCAGCAGCAGCAACCACAAAAACAGCAGCAACAGCAACAAAAACAUCACAACGCCCACUACGGGUAGAUUGUGUAAUGUUUAUGAUAAAACCGGCGGAUUGCCAGCAGCGUCAGUUGAGGCACAUGUUGCUAAUGUUGCUGGUGUCGCCAGUAACGGCAGCAACGUCAGUGAUAAGCUGAGUACGCCAGCAACAUUGACAAUCUCUCAGAGAGCGGCAGCAACACUUGGCAAAUACCAAAGCCAGAGCUACAGCCACAGCCAGAGCCAGAGCCGAAAUCUAUGCGAAACCUAUCCAACAACAGAAACCUACCUGGCCAGUAAUAGCAGCAACAGCAACAACACCGCCGACGACGACGAAGAAGUGGAAGCAGCAGCAGACGAAACGAAUAUACAUAAAAAUCAAGUACCAGCAACAGCAACAGCUCCAGCACCAGCACCACCAACAGCAACAGCGGCAGAAACAACAUCUAGAGCUGCGGCAGCUCCUGCGGUAAUAACUCGUUUUGCACUCGAAAAUGUUGGAAAUGGUGAAAAAUCAAAAACCCAAACGAACCCCAAGGGACAGCACCCAGUGCUAGAGACUGCCAAGAAUUUGUCCUCCAAUCGACUUAUAGAGCGAAACAUGUCCGAUGAGGCGCCAGCCCCAAGUGGCGAUCGGGAGGCACUUGCUCAUCUGCAGAGCGAGAGCUAUGCGGCCAGCAGUCCGGACGAGGCCAGUGGCCAAAGCAGCCAGGAGGAUGAGGAGGAUGGACAGAAUAAACCGCAGCAGGAACGAGUCCGCCAGGUGGUACAGAGAAGCUACAAUGUGGCCGGCAUGAUGCAGGAGGAUCAGGAGCCGCUGCACAGGCACCACAGCACCACCACUGCUUCCAGUUCCAGCAGCAGCUCCGACUCCAGCUCCAGCUCCGAGUCCUGCGACUCGGAUGAUACGGGCACAGUGGCGGAUCGCCGGCCCAAGCGAAGGCGAUUUAACAAGGUGUUUGUGGUGAACCGGCAACCUGGCGGACGCGGCGUCCGCAGAAGCUCAUCCACCGAAGGUGACUCGCUGAGCUCCUCCGAUGCAAACCUGGAGGACUCCUCCGACAAUGAUACCGACACCGAACGCACCGACUGCGGCAUUGUGUUGAACUAUGUGAAGUCUCUAGAAGAGGAAUCGAAACGAGACGAGGCGGAGGUGCCACAGGUGAGGGUGGAGGCGCCGGAGGAGGAGGAGCAGCCAGCACGUGAUUGCCAAUCGAGUGACGAUGAUGAAAGUGAACGCCGCAUUGCCAACUCAAGCGAUGAGCUUGCCAACUGCAUUGUGGUUGUGGGCGGCCAGACGGACGACGACGGCGUGGUGCUGCACGGCAUGCGAUCUCUGCCAGACUGUGAGAUGGAGGCGGAGCAGCAACCAGAGCGCUGCGAGCUGGUGGAUGAGCUGCACAGCAUCUCGAACGAUGUCAACCGAUUGCUGGAGCUGCACAAGCAAAACUCCCAGCUGGAGAUCAAGCUGCAGCGCCUGCGGCAGGGGGUGGCCGAAAUCAAUGAGGAUCUGCUGUUGGGCGGCACUAGUGCGGCUGCCACCCACCCGGACGGCGGGAAACCCGAAGAGUGCAGCCGUCGCACUAGUCUGGCACCUGGUUCUCGGAAAAGCCUCUCAAGCAUGGUAAAUUCUAAUGACGAAACCGAAUCGUCCACGGAGGGUAAACAAAAAGCAAGCGAAGAUGGCUUUACCUGCCAACUACAGCAGCAGCACCAGCAGCAGGUAAAAGCAAACAGCGAUAAUAAACUAAAGGUAAAAGCAAACGAAAAAGCAGCCCAAGAGCAAACAGCUGUGCAAACGCUGGGCGGAGGGAGGGAGACCUGGGAGGAGGAUAAGGCGGUCGGCACAUGCAGCCAAGCAUGCAAAAUAAACGAAAACGGUGACUACUCGCUGGAUUCACUCUCGGCGAGUAUUAUGGCACCUGAGCCGCUCGAGCAGGUAGAGAGCCACCGCUCUCGGGGCGACGCUCUCCGGCUACCUGUCGGAUCGACAGCCGAGUAUCUUUCUUCGAACUCCGAAUCCGAAACCGAAACCAGACCAGAGAAGGCCCAAACCAAAUCGGAGUCGCUGGAGUCGCCAGUCGAAAAUGAGAUGUUAAACGUUGCGGUACCUCCACGCUCUCCGCUGUACGGCAGCAGCAAUACCACUAACAACAAAAGCAAUACCAACGAUAAUAACGAAAAAACGAACAACAACGCUAACGAACUUGGCCAUAAUGACGCUUUCGCAGCACAAAAGACAAAUAGCGGCAGCAGUGACGUAGAGAAGCCAAAUGUGAAUGUGAGUGCAAAGCAGGCGCGUGUGUUUGAAAGUGGUGAAAACUUGUACGAAUGUGACUACGAUAAAAUAUUCGGCUCUCAACUAUCACCAAAUAGUCAAUCAGCUGGAACUGCAUCUGCAACAGCAACAGCAACAUCACUAGCUGCAGCAACAGCAUCAACGACAAUGGCAUCGACAUCAGCAUCGGCCACAGCAACAUCAGCAAUCGGCGAACUGGCUUCGCCCAAAAAUUCACUUUCAGCCAAGUAUCGCAGCUUGGUCAUGAUCACAAAAGACAACGAAAGUGCAGGUGGUGCAACAAAGCCAAGCAUGGAUUACGAAAUGGCAACCACCAGCAGCAGUAGCUACGGCAACAAAGGCCUUUCCAGCGGCAACAGCUUUGGCCAGAACUUUGCUGGUGACUCAUUUCGCGCCACGGAACCAACGGAACUCGUGAGCAGCGAUCGCGAAUCGUCGCGCGACUCGUACAGUGUGGAUUCCCUCAACGAACCGGCUCCCAAGCUCUGCUUAGACGACGGCCUUGCCGAUGACGAUUCUUGGGUGGAGGAGCUGAGCCAACGGGGCGAGGAAGAUUUGGAUGAUGAUGAAAACCUGAGCAAUGCCACCACCACACCUACGGCCACGGAUUCCGAAGGCGAGGGAGAACCUAGCCGCCGGUAUAUCGACCGCGAGGAGGAGCUGAGGGGCUACAAUCGCUCCGCCAUCGACUUCACCCUCCACACAAUUGUCGAGGAGAGUUGCGAGGAGAGCGAAGUGGCCUCCAUGCGGGCGGACAACGAGGAAAUUGACCUGGAGGAGGAUGAUCUGGCAGAGCGAAGGCGCCAGCGAUCUCUGCAGCACCACCAUCGACUGAGCGCCUCCGAGCUGGAGAAGUACUUCUUCUUUGGACUGGGCGAUGGUCGCGUCAUGAGCUCCAUUGACACCCGGGGCGACGACACCGCCUCCGAGGUAAGUUCCGAGUGCUCAGAGAGCCUGGACUCCCUGCCCCACGACGAUCAGCUCAUGGAAAACAGUGGCGCAGCCGCUGACCUGGCCUCCUCCCGCUUGGAGAAGUAUUUCCUGUCCGGGUUCAUGGGAUUCAGUGGCGCCGAGAAGCAGGCGGACAGCGACGAAAGUGGUGGCAGUGUGGGCAGCGAUAGCGAAGGUCAUCCCAGCCCCAGCCAGCGAAGGAAACGCUUGGUGAGGGCUCGUGGAACUCCUCGUAGUCACAACUCCUCAUUGGACAAUCUACUGCUGCCGGAAGUGGAAAAUCAAGAUUCUUCGGCCACUCCUGUUGGCGGAGCAACUGCCGCCAAUGUGGAGGACACCUCGGAGUCGGAAGCCGGCUGUGACGACACUGUGAUUCAUCUGGCCAAUGCUGGAGCAUCGGACGGCUCAUCCUCCGAUACGAUUAAGCGCAAAAAGCAGCUGCGGAAGCGCCACGACUCCCUGGAUGACAAGAAAAUGCACGACCUGGAGCCAACCGAGUGCCGGACCCCCACGCCGGGGUCCAGUGGCCAAAUCCAGAUGCAGUCUCAGGCCAAGAAGCAGCAACAGCAGCACCACCACAGCCGGGACAGUGGCUUCGUGGGCAGCAACGAUGACCUGCUGAAGGCGGCGCCAGACUGUGAGCCUCCCAAGAGUCCUACUCCGGCGUUGGAGCAGAUAAGCGAAGACCGGGAACCAUCGGCCCCGUCCCAGAUCAGUCUGGCAAAGAUGGACCUGCCCAGCACUUCGGCCGCCGCAGCAGCCACUCUCCUGCCCAGCCAGCGGAGAAAUCUUACGCUGCCCAACUUGGUGCGGAAGGAUAGCUUCAAUAACUGGAGCUCCGACGAGGAGACCAACCUGAUGAUGAGCAAGAUGCGACAGUUCUUUAAGACGCUUAUCGUGGCCACGGCAAACGCGCAGCAGCAGAGCAAGCCCACCACGCCCAACCAGGCCACCAGCAAUACCACACCAAGUGCCGACCGAAAGGUGACCAAGUCCCGGCCGGCACAGCUGGCUUACUUCGAGAACGAGCUCACCCGCCUGAUGAAGACAGUGCCCGGCAUCAAGGACGAGCAGGUGCGCGAGAUUGUGGAGUACCUGAGCAGCGAGGACACCUGGUCGGACUCGUACGAUUCCUCGGACUAUACCAGCUCUGACCUGGAGGGCGGUGAGCGGAAGGGACAGUUGAAGGCCCAGAUCUCCGCCAGCUGCCAGCAGAUCAUCAACAAGUUCGAGGUUGACGAAGAGGGCGAUCGGGGAGAUGGCGGGCUACUCGAUGACAGCCAGAGUGUGCCUAUGGAGGCGUUGGUCUACCAAAAGCUGGUGGCCUCCUUCAGCAAAGUGGCGUUGGGUGAGCCAACGGAACCGGAAACCGAAGCAGUCAAGGAGCCGGGAGCCGACACGGAGCAGCAAGCCACGGAGCGGUCACCGCAGCUCUUUGCCAAGGUCAUGCAGCACAUUGGCACGCGACUGGUGGCUCUCAUGCACGAGGUCAGCAGUGGCAACGAAACACCAACUCCCUCGCCGCAAAACCAACGGCACCACCGUCGAUUGCAUGCCAAGAUCUCGGCCACCACAACGGAGGACGAGGAAGACGAGGUGGAGGAGCAGCUGAAGGCUAUGCCCAUAAAGCAGUUGAAGUUACGCAGCAGAUCGCAUGACUUGCUACUGGACGGAACUACACCACACGCCCACCACCUGCACCACCAGGCCACCGUGCAUCUGCCCAGCGGAACGGGAAGUGCAGCCGGUGGAUCCGGAGCACCCGGACAUUCGGACAACGCCGGCGAGGAGUGCGGCGUGGCCAGCGACUACGAACGGUUCUCGUGGCGCGGCAGUUUUGAGUCGGCAUUACUGGCUAAUGGCGACAGCAGAACGAGGCUCAGCCAGCUGAGCCAACUGGACAGGGACAACUCGUCGUCUGCGUCCGCUUUGGCUGUAGCAAAGCGCCGAUCGGCAGGCGACCUCCUCUUCAGCCAGCACCAGGCUAGCCUCAGCCGCGAGCAACUGGACCGCGUGCGCUCCUGCGGCAGCAUCGGCGGUGGCGAUGCCCAUCACCACCAGCUUGAGUCCUCGCCGGCCAAGCCCUGGCUCUCCUCGGCGGGCUCCUCCAUUGGCGGCGACUCCACCAAGGAUGUGCGGCGCUCCAGUGUACCGGAUGCGAUCUACGAAACGGAUUCCAGCGAUGAAGCUGCCUCCAACCAAUUUGGCGGUGCUCGAUCCACACUGCCCAGGAGCCUGAAUGCCGGCCAGGUGGUGGCCAGCACCAACUCACUGCCCAGACUGCCGACCACCGGAGUGGGUGCCCCCAUAACCAGCACCCCCAAGACGAAGUCGCAGAGUGCCCUUAACUAUACACCCUCCAAUUCAUCCACCGUUUCGGCCACCGGCAGUGCCAAGAGUGCCAGAUACCGCUCGCCGGGACUGGCUGCCCGAGCGGCAGCUGUCAGUGGCAGCGGAGGUGGCGGCGGUGGUGGCAGCACUGGCGUCUCCGGUGGCGGCGUGGGCAGUGCCAACUCGUCGGGCAAAAAACUGGGCGCGGGCUUCCAGUUCCUCUACUCCAAGCGUGAUGCGCGCAAACGUCUCAACAUGUCAGUGGAGGAGGCCAAAGCGGCUGCCGAAGAGCUCACUCGAUCGCCGGUGAUUGGACAACGGCCAGCAGAUGCCACCAGCAGUCCCAUCCAGUCGCGUGCCUCAAGCGAAACGUGGCCGGCGCAGUCAGAUGAGGACAUUGAUCGUUUGGUGGCCAUGCACCAAAACCGUAGCAGUCUCAGCUCACUGGGCGUUCGGUCGGAGUCUAUGGCCAGCGUGUACUCGGGCGCCGGCGAAGGACGCUAUGGCACUGUGGUCGUUAAAGGUCAAGUGGAAUUCGGCAUGCAGUACAACUACAAGCUGGGUGCCCUGGAAAUCCAUGUGGUGCGUUGCAAGGACUUGGCAGCCGUUGACACCAAACGCAACCGCAGUGAUCCCUACGUGAAGGUUUAUCUACUACCCGAUAAGUCCAAGGCCGGCAAGCGCAAAACCAAAGUCAAGAAACACACCUUGAAUCCCAUCUUUGAUGAGACGAUGCGAUUCCACACACCCAUCUCCAGCCUGGAGUCCCGAACUCUGUGGCUGACUGUCUGGCACUCAGAUAUGUUUGGCCGGAACGAUUUCCUCGGCGAAGUCAGUGUCAAUUUGCAAGGACGAGUCUUUGACAAUCCCCAAUCGCAGUGGUAUCUCCUUCAGGAAAGGAGUGAACCCUUUGACGAAGUCGCUACCUAUAGGGGCGAUAUUGUGGUUGGCCUUAAAUACAUACCCCCGGAGAACCUAAAGUCGUCGAUAUUCUCGCGCGGCUCUUCCCUGACAGGCAGCUCCUCGAAUCUGCGGAAAUUCGGAGGCAGCAUUAAGUCAGUGGCCUCAAAAUCGGAUCGCAGCACAAAAGGUGGUCAACUGCAUGUUUUGGUCAAGGAAGCCAAGCACCUGAGUCCCAUUAAGGCAAACGGCACCUGUGACGCAUUCUGCAAGAGCUACUUGCUGCCAGAUCGCACGCGCAGCUCCAAACAAAAAACACCUGUGGUUAAGCGCACUCUGCAUCCCAGCUGGAACUACACUUUUGUGUACGAGGAUGUCUCCCUGGAGGAUUUGACUGAGCGCGCCCUGGAGCUGACGGUCUGGGAUCAUGAUCGUCUGGCUAGCAAUGAGUUUGUGGGUGGAAUUCGCUUCUCCCUGGGCACUGGUCGCAGCUAUGGCCGCCAAGUGGAGUGGAUGGAUGCCACCGGCAAGGAGCUCUCUCUGUGGCAGAAUAUGUUAGAUCGACCCAACUUUUGGGUGGAGGGCAGCUUGGUGCUGCGCUCCAGUUUGGAUGGCAACCGAGCCUCCUUGCCAUAGGCCAACUAUUCAGAUUAGUAAUUUAUUGCCUAGAUCCACGACAAAACCACAAAAUAGCACUGGCCAAGGCCUCUGCGUUUGUAUUGUAUUGUAUUGUAUUUUAUUGUAUUAAUUAUGGGAUAAUUAUCAAUUAACGAUCACGACAAUUCUGAAGAAGCAUUAUUAGCGAUUUAAGAAAGACUAUCCCGCAGGGAUAUAGUUGUUGUAUGUACAUGGCACAUUCACAAGUUAGUGUUAAGUGUGUGGAAUGAUGACUUCUGAAUACUCGAAUACGUCGGAAUAUGGCGAUGACGCUGCACGAACCCCAUAUAGGCGAAACAAAAAAAAGAAAAGUUAAAACAAAAUUAACAAGGUAAACAAAGAAAACUAAGCAACAAACUUUAUCAAGUUUAUGGCACUAUUUGUGAGCAAAACUCUUAGCUCUUCGAUGCAGAUAAAACAAAAUUGUAAAAUGUAAAACAAAACGAUGAAACCCCAAGGUUGGGGCUGUCUAGAUAUAAGCCAGUUUGUAUGUGUGUAUUUUUUCCCCCUCUCCGCAGCGAGAGGCAAUCGCAAUUUGCAUACUGUAUGCACUAAACUAUGAUAGAACUACAACUAAACGUAAUCUACAGACCUCGUUCAAUCGAGGCAUAAGCUUCCUAUGUAUAACUAUCCAUAAUAUUCGAAACAAAUACAAAUAACAUUUUUGUAAAUUCAAA